AUGGAGCGUGCUGUGGUGUGACACUGACAGUGGCUCCGGUCGCUAUAGUAGUAUCAGCGCUUCAGCCUCGUUCUUUACUUGUUGAUUCUCUUCUACUGGGUCAUGUUGACAUCCAACGUCAGUACUUGGCUGUAUCUAUGUCUUGCUGGUAUCGGAGUAUACCUGGUCAAGCAGGUGUUGAACAAGAAUCCUGCAUCAUAUCACCCCGCCCCCCGUGGGAAUGCCUCGAAUCAGCCUUGGCUCACCUUUGCGAAGGGGGGCAAGAAGUAUGGUACUAUCUUGCAUAUUGAAGUCCUGGGCAAGCGUAUCAUUGUGAUAAAUUCAGUCAAGAAUGCUGUGGUCAUUUUGGGCAAGAAAACCACUGUAUACUCUGACCGUCCUGUUCGUAGAGAUUCACAUGGCAACGAGUACAUCACCUACUUAUUCCCGGAUGGUACUGAGCGCCUCCUGAUCAAUGGGGUCGAGCAACCCCCAAACUCUAACCCUCCCCCAUCUCAUCAUAACAGUCGCGCCAUCGCUGCAUCGCCACCAAGCCAAGACCCUCCUCCGCCAUACGAUGCUCAUGUUGUCCCACCGCCAGCUGCAAGAUCUACGCGCUUAUCACGGUUCAUGCAUUCCAGGUUUCGGAACUAUGCAAGGCAAGCCCAAGAUCCCAACCCUACUUACUCGAUGCAGUCAAAGGCGCCUUACGCCUCGCAAUAUGCGGAUCCAAAUUUGCUUGGACAUCAGAAGAAGAACAGGACCCGUGGUGGCGCAGACAAGGCGUGGGGUAGGUCUGCGUGGAAGUUUUGGAAGCGAACGAAACUAUGGUCAAGAAAAUGAAAUUAUUUUGUACUACGUACCUGGCUGCUCGCUCGAUUGAUUCUGAUUGCUGACGAUUCUGUGAUAUAUUUAUUUAUUUAUUAUUUUAAUUUUGCCAGUAUUGUACCCCAUUGACAACGCAAGAAUUAACUUCGCUCAUACACAUCAAAAUUUUACAAAUUUCGUUAAUCGUCAAUACACAUUGCACCGCGAUAAACCUAAAACCAAUACCUAAUACAUCAAUCACAGCUCAUAACUCUUCAAAGAAGGACAAAUCGUGUGCAUUCGGCCCACCCGUCUGAACCGACUUCGCAGGCGGUCUCUCGGCUUGUGACGACAACGAUGACAACGAUGCAAAUGACAACAGUG